GCGGGGGGCGGGGCGGCCGGCGGAGCCCCGGCGCAGAGUCACAGGGCGAGCGGCGAGGCGGCGGCCGCCGGCUGGCACGAGGCGCAGCGCGGCCGGCACGGCACGGCACGGCACGGCACGGCACGGCGGGGCGGGGGCUGCCGGUCACCACCGCCGGAUCCUGAUCUCCCUUCUUCCAUCUCCGCUCUCCCCGGCGCGGGGGCUCCGCGGGGUGAUGCGUCCCCGCCGGGCGGUCGCUCCCGCCGUUUCCGCCGGGUCCUAGAGCCUCCCGGAGGAGAUUCCCCCCCCCCCCCCCCCCGCCCCAUCCCCGCGGGUGUUCUUCCCCCGCUCCGUUGCUCGCCCGGGCGCCGAGCGGCGGCGCCGCGCCAUGAGCGUCCCCGCGGGCGGCGGCGGCGGUUCCCGCUGAGCUCCCGUGCCCCCGGCCCGGCGGCAUGGGGGUGAACGCCGUGCACUGGUUCCGCAAGGGGCUGCGGCUCCACGACAACCCGGCGCUGCGGGAGUGCAUCCAAGGCGCCGACACGAUCCGCUGCGUCUACAUCCUGGACCCCUGGUUCGCCGGUUCCUCCAACGUGGGCAUCAACAGGUGGCGAUUCCUGCUUCAAUGUCUUGAGGAUCUUGAUGCCAAUCUACGGAAACUGAAUUCACGUUUGUUUGUUAUUCGUGGACAGCCAGCAGAUGUUUUCCCCAGACUUUUUAAGGAAUGGAAUAUUGCAAAACUUUCUAUUGAAUAUGAUUCUGAACCAUUUGGAAAGGAAAGAGAUGCAGCAAUUAAGAAGUUGGCUAGUGAAGCUGGAGUGGAGGUCAUUGUUCGAAUUUCCCAUACAUUAUAUGACCUAGACAAAAUAAUAGAGUUAAAUGGUGGACAGCCUCCUCUUACUUACAAAAGAUUCCAGACCCUAAUUAGUAGAAUGGAACCACUGGAGAUGCCGGUGGAGACUAUAACCCCAGAAGUAAUGGAAAAAUGUACUACUCCAGUUUCUGAUGACCACGACGAGAAGUACGGUGUCCCAUCACUCGAAGAGCUAGGUUUUGACACAGAUGGUUUGCCUUCUGCAGUAUGGCCAGGGGGAGAAACAGAAGCUCUCACACGAUUAGAAAGACAUUUAGAACGAAAGGCUUGGGUAGCAAACUUUGAAAGACCACGAAUGAAUGCAAAUUCCCUUCUGGCAAGCCCUACAGGGCUUAGUCCCUACCUCCGCUUUGGCUGCUUGUCAUGUCGUCUCUUUUAUUUCAAGCUAACAGAUCUGUACAAAAAGGUUAAAAAGAACAGCUCCCCUCCCCUCUCCCUCUAUGGCCAGCUGUUAUGGCGUGAAUUUUUCUACACAGCAGCGACUAACAAUCCACGGUUUGAUAAAAUGGAGGGGAAUCCUAUUUGUGUUCAAAUUCCAUGGGAUAAGAAUCCUGAGGCUUUGGCCAAAUGGGCAGAAGGCAGGACAGGUUUUCCUUGGAUCGAUGCGAUUAUGACGCAGCUUCGUCAAGAAGGCUGGAUUCACCAUUUAGCCCGGCAUGCUGUGGCAUGCUUUUUGACUCGAGGUGACCUCUGGAUUAGCUGGGAAGAAGGAAUGAAGGUCUUUGAAGAGCUCUUGCUUGAUGCAGAUUGGAGUGUGAAUGCUGGAAGCUGGAUGUGGCUUUCCUGUAGUUCCUUCUUUCAGCAGUUUUUUCACUGCUACUGCCCGGUGGGUUUUGGCAGAAGAACUGACCCGAACGGAGAUUAUAUCAGACGUUAUUUGCCAGUACUUAGAGGUUUCCCUGCAAAAUACAUCUAUGAUCCUUGGAAUGCCCCAGAGAGCAUUCAGAAGGCUGCAAAAUGUAUUAUAGGAGUUAAUUAUCCCAAACCAAUGGUAAAUCAUGCAGAGGCAAGCCGUCUGAAUAUUGAGAGGAUGAAACAAAUCUACCAGCAGCUUUCACGAUACAGAGGACUGGGUCUUCUUGCAACAGUGCCUUCUAAUCCAAAUGGAAAUGGAAAUGGUGGCCUAAUGGGCUAUUCACCAGGAGAAAGCAUUUCUGGUUGUGGUGGUACAGGAGGAGCUCAGCUGGGAGCUGGUGAUGGUCAUACAGUUGUUCAGCCGUGUGCCCUGGGGGAACCUCAAACAGGAGCAAGUGGAAUUCAGCAGCAAGGUUACUGUCAAGCCAGUAGUAUCUUACACUAUGCUCAUGGAGACAAUCAGCAACCACACUUACUACAAGCAGGAAGAAUGGCCCUUGGUACUGGCAUUAGUGCAGGGAAACGCCCAAAUCCAGAAGAAGAAACUCAGACCGUUUCUGGACCAAAAGUCCAGCGACAGAGCACAAAUUAAACUGCAUUAUUGGAAGAGAAGACACCACACAGAGAACACACAGGACAAUUCCCGCUACUCUGUAUUGGAACUAGUGUGUUGUGAGACUACAUGUACUAAAAUGACAUACUUUUUCAUAAAUUAUUUUCAAUUGUUCUCAGUUGUAAACAAGUUCAAUUUUUGGAAUGCAUUAUUUCUAACUGGCAUUUCUAUGGUUUUUAACUUUUUAAUGACUUUCACAAAGGGCAAAUUGAGUUUUGUAUAUAAAGUAUUUGGUGAAGAAUUUGCUAACUUAAUGUAAAUAUAAACAUUCAUGAUUAGCGAUAGACCCAUUGAUAUAUUUUUGAUAAUCUUUCAUGUAUAUGGUGGUAGGAGAAGCUGUAGUGAUGUUCUGUAAAAUGGAUGGACAUAGAAGGUUUUGAAGUUUUUAAAUUGUUGUUAUUUUUAGAUUCCAGAACUUGACCUCUGUAUGAUCAGCUUCAUACUUUCAUAAUGUAAAUGCUUAGGACUGUGUUUAAUCAAAUACAGUAGAGUUGUAACCUUUAUUAAUUGCAUCUGUAUAUAAGUCAUACGCCAAUUUUUUGUCGAGUUGUAAAAUUUUCAUGUAUAUGUCCUGUCCUUGUAUUUCCCAGUUGCCUUGUUCAGUAAUGACAUACCUUGUUAAUAAAAGAAAAUUGUAUAUAUA